AUGGGGAAAGACAAGAAAGAUGAGGGGGCUGUCUUUCUGAGGAAAAAGAUAACUUUGCUGAGGGCUUUCUCACUCCUCAUCGGCAGCAUGGUUGGCAGUGGCAUCUUUAUCUCCCCAAAAGGAGUACUGAAAAACUCCGGCAGCGUGGGUUUCUCCCUGGUUGUUUGGUUUGCCUGUGGGCUCCUCUCAAUGUUUGGUGCCUUGUGUUAUGCAGAGCUUGGAACAAGAAUCACCAAAUCUGGAGGACAUUAUAUAUACAUUUUGGAGACACUAGGGCCCCUGCCAAGUUUCUUAUUCCUGUGGGCAGAGUUUUUUGCUAUCAGGCCUGCCAACAGUGCUGUGGUUUCUUUGGCAUUUGGUCGCUACAUGCUGGAACCAUUUUUUGCCCCCUGCACAGCCCCUGUCCCUGCUGUGAAGCUCGUGUCUCUCCUGGGGUACUACAUGGUCCUCACCCUCAACUCUUGGAGCGUCACCUGGAGUGCCCGGCUGCAGACGGCUCUCUCCGUUGUCAAACUCCUGGCCCUUGCACUCAUCAUCGUGCCAGGGAUGAUGCUGCUGGCCGAGGGCCACACCGAAAACUUCCAGGAUGCUUUUGACAGACAGUCACUGGUUUUGGAUAAGAUGCCCCUGGCUUUUUACGCAGGCAUGUUCGCAUAUUCAGGCUGGUUUCAGGCCAGCUUUGUGCGUGAAGAGUUGGUCAGACCUGAACGAAACAUCCCUCUGGCUGUCAUCGUGUCUGUGAUCACGGUAAUAGUGGGGUACAUGCUCACCAACAUCUCCUAUUACACGGUCCUGGGAACGCAAGACGUUCUGGCUUCUCCUGCUGUGGCUGUGAGCUUCGUGCAGCGAGCCUUCAAAAGCCUGAUCUCUGUGGUCCCUGUCCUUGUUGCACUGUCCUGCUUUGGAACCAUGAAUGGAGGAAUCUUCACAUUUUCAAGGACUUUGUUUGUGGCUUCCAGGGAAGGACAGUGGCCUCCUCUCUUCUCCAUGAUCCACAUUCGAAGGCAUACACCCCUUCCUGCUGUCAUGUUAAUGUUCCCUUUGGUUACUGCCAUGGUCUGUAUCGGAGACAUCUACCAUCUAAUGAACUUCUUCAGCUUUUCCCGAUGGCUCUUCAUAGGAUUAGCCACCCUUGGGCUCAUUAUCCAUCGCCACCGCCACCCAGAGCUGCACAGCCCGUUCAAGGUUCCCCUGUUUAUUCCUGUCUCUUUUACCAUCAUCUGCCUCUUCACAGUGGCAAUGUCUUUCUACUCAGACCCUGUGAACAUCAGCAUCGGAUGCAUCAUGGUUUUAAGCGGUUUUCCAGUCUACUACCUCAUAAUCCACAGGCAAAUGUCAAGUCAUUGCCGUAGCCCGUUUUAUUAUCUUACACACAAACUACAGUUACUGCUGGAAGUAGUCCAACAAGAAAUCAAGACUUACUGAGAAAACCAUCAGAACUCACAGGAGAAGAUAAAACCUACUUUAUUCUGUUUCUGAUACUUUUGAUUCUACCAAAAGC